AUGGAAAACUUCAAGUGCCAAUAUGAAGAUCAUGAAAAUGAAGCCAUAAUAGGCUUUUGUCUUAAUUCUAAGUGUUAAAACCCUAGCCAGUAUUGUUACAAAUGCUUAUUGAAAGUGCAUAAAGACCAUCAUGAUGAUUGCAUCAGAUUUACAAACAUUUCUGAUUUAAUUAAUUAAUAUAUUUAAUUUUAGGAGAAAAUAAUACAGUAAUCAAAUGAAGUCUUCAAUCAAAUAAAAAAAUAAAUAGAAUCAAAUAUCAAAAGAAUUGAUAACCAGAUUUAAACUUUAUAAGAUUUAAAUUAAUCUUUAAUAACCUAAGACUACUUUAAAUUCAGAUAGUCAAUCAAUAUUUUGAAGUCAUACUAUUCAUUAGAGUAAUAAAAAAAAGAAGGUUAAUUUAUCAUUUAAUUGAUUUAGAUUAAUUUAUAAAUUAAUUAAAUGAAUUCUAAGAAAUAUUAAAAUAGAAGGAAAAAAAGAAUGACAAACAAUAAGAAAUUGAAAAAAAUUUUGAAAUGGCGAUGUAAUUAACAAAUGAAGGGAAACAUGAAGAUGCUAUUAAAUUUUAUGACAAAACACUAUCUCUUUAAACUUCAAUCGAUGAAUUAUUGCGGUGGAAAAGUAAUAUAUCUAAUUUAAUAUUUUUAGGUUAAUCAUUAUUUCAUUUAUUAAGAAUUGAAGAAGGGAUUCAAUGUUGUGAUAUAGCCAUAUAUUUAAAUCCUAAGAAUGACAAUGCAUACAACAACAAAGGUAUUGCUUCGAUUUAAUUAUUAUAAAUAGGAACAGCAUUACAAAAUCUAAAUCAAUAUAAAGAAGCUAUUGAAUAAUAUGAUAAAUCCAUAGAAUUAAAUCCUAAGAAUGAGAAUGUUUAUAUCAACAAAGGUAUUGGCUUGAAUAAAUGAUCUAAAUAGGUGUGAUAUUACAAAAUCUAAGUCAAUAUCAAAAAGCGAUUGAAUGCUUUGAUAAAGCCAUAGAAUUGAAUCCUAAGAAUGACAAUACCUACAACAACAAAGGUAUGGCUUUGAUAAAAUGAUUAUGAAUAGGAAUGGCAUUACAAAAUCUAAAUCAAUAUAAAGAAGCUAUUGAAUAAUAUGAUAAAGCCAUAGAAUUGAAUCCUAAGAAUGACAAUGCCUACAAUAACAAAGGUAUUGCUUCGAUUUAAUUAUUAUAAAUAGGAACAGCAUUACAAAAUCUAAAUCAAUAUAAAGAAGCUAUUGAAUAAUAUGAUAAAUCCAUAGAAUUAAAUCCUAAGAAUGAGAAUUUUUAUAUCAACAAAGGUAUUGGCUUGAAUAAAUCAUCUAAAUAGGUGCGAUAUUACAAAAUCUAAGUCAAUAUCAAAAAGCGAUUGAAUGCUUUGAUAAAGCCAUAGAAUUGAAUCCUAAGAAUGACAAUACCUACAACAACAAAGGUAUGGCUUUGAUAAAAUGAUUAUGAAUAGGAAUGGCAUUACAAAAUCUAAAUCAAUAUAAAGAAGCUAUUGAAUAAUAUGAUAAAGCCAUAUAAUUGAAUAAUAGAAAUGCUGAUGCAUAUUAUAACAAAGGUAUUGAUUUGAAUCAAUUUUAAUGAAUAGGAUCGGCGUUAAGAAAUCUAAAUCAAUAUAAUGAAGCUAUUCAAUGCUAUGAUAUAUCAAUUUAACUGAGUCCUAAUGAAGCUAGUAUAUAUAAUAAUAAAGGUCAAUUAUUCAUUUUAAUUAAUAGCUUAUACUCUACAUUAAAUGAAGCAAUAUCAAAGAGCAAUUGAGUUUUAUGAUAAAGCUCUAAGUCUUCAACAAAGUUCUAUUUUUUUCUUAAAUAAAGGUAUUCUUAAAACAACAAUAAUUAUUUUAGCUGAAGCUCUACUUGCUUUAGGGAAAAAAAAAGAAGCUAAAAAGUUUUAUUAAAAUGCACUUAAUGCAGGAUCUGCAAAUGAAUUUUACAUAAAGGUAUAACUAGCAUAAUUAUGAA